UUUUUACAUUAUGAAUAUACUGGCAGACUUAAAACGUCUGUAAAGUCACUCUGUACAUGAUGUUGUUGGGUUUGUGUAAAUAUUGGUUGUCUCUAGAUGAGGAGAUGGCUGGACUCUGUUACGUGUGUGUGUGCGCGCAUCCAUAAGGCAAGUUAUAAUUAGCACAUACUGGGAUGACUGGGGAGGGGUCACAUUUCCUCUCGAGGCUGUCGAAGAAAAAUAGAAAAAAAGAGAAUAAAGUUAAUGUGAGUGAGAGAAGGAGAUACAAGUUUUGGUGAUUUGUGUGCACGUGUUUUUAGGGGGGCCGGGGGCCAAAUGUGUUGAUGAACAAGAGGGUGACAACACAGACAUGGGAGGGUCGAGUUAAAGAAAGAAAGGGAGAGAGAGAGAGAGGGGUGGGGGCACAGACAGAGAGAUUUAUUUCCACAGCUGACAGAGAAGCUCCCGUCUCACACUUGUUUUUGGAGGUGAGAGAGGGACUAAGAGAGGAACAAAGUUAAAAACUCAGAGAAGGUGGACAAAUAAAACAGACAAUAUGGAUACCUUGGCUUUAGAGGCCACGCAGCCCAAAAAGGCUCAGAACGGAGCCCUGGUGCUGCUGCCCGGACCCCCCAUCCCUGCCAAACGCAAACCUGCUAAAAAGACUAAGAAAGCUGUGGUCUUUUUCGAGGUGGAGAUUCUGGACGCCAAGACGAAGGACAAGCUCUGCUUCCUGGACAAGGUUGAGCCCAACGCCACCAUUGGGGAAAUCAAGUCCAUGUUCCACAAGAGUCACCCUCAGUGGUAUCCGGCCCGGCAAUCCAUUCGUUUGGAUCCCAAGGGAAAAUCUUUGAAGGACGAGGAUGUGCUGCAGCACCUGCCUGUGGGAACCACAGCGACCUUCUACUUCAGAGACCUGGGGGCCCAGAUCAGCUGGGUCACGGUGUUUCUGACGGAGUACGCCGGCCCGCUGCUCAUCUAUCUCAUGUUUUACUUCCGAGUCCCGUUUAUUUAUGCGCCUAAAUAUGACUUUACCACCAGCAAACACUGGGUUGUACAUUUGGCGUGCAUGUGUCACUCCUUCCACUACGUGAAGAGACUCCUGGAAACACUGUUUGUCCAUCGCUUCUCGCACGGGACUAUGCCUCUCCGCAACAUCUUCAAGAACUGCACGUACUACUGGGGAUUUGCAGCUUGGAUGGCUUAUUACAUCAACCACCCGCUCUACACGCCCCCCACCUACGGAGAACAGCAGAUCAGACUGGCCCUAACCGUGUUCCUGUUCUGUCAGAUCGGAAACUUCUCCAUUCACAUUGCUCUGAGAAAUCUUCGACCACCAGGAUCUAAGACCAGGAAGAUCCCAUAUCCGACUAAAAACCCCUUUACUUGGAUCUUCCUGCUGGUCUCCUGCCCCAACUACACGUAUGAGCUGGGCUCGUGGCUGGGCUUCACUCUGAUGACCCAGUGUCUGCCCGUGGCCGCCUUCACGCUGGUGGGCUUCAUUCAGAUGACCGUGUGGGCGAAAGGAAAACACCGCAGCUACCUGAAGGAGUUUCGUGACUACCCCACUCUCCGCUCGCCCAUCCUGCCCUUCAUCCUGUAGAACAGAGCCACGCAGUGUUCCCCUCGUCUUUUUAACCUUUUCCUCUUUUCUCGUCCUCCCCUUAUCAUCUCUUUUAUACUGUGUCCAUGUCCCGCCUCCAUUCGUUUCACAUGCAUCUUUCCUGCGUUUGCUCAUCUCCUGGAAGGGACUGACGCUGAAGAAUAAAGUCAGCUCAGAGCCAGAACCUCCAGAAGCUUCGUUCUAAUGGCUCCGUAUCGCCCUCUAUGGGUUGGAUGAUGUCUGUCAUCUGGGGAAAUCUGCAGAGCAUGUCCGGAUCACAAUCCAGUCACUCAAAAGAAAUAGGAAAUUUUGCACAAAGAAAAUAGAGCACAUUUUAGGACCAUGAUCAUGAUUAAACACCCUCAAUUUCCAUUAGCUGCUGUGAUGGGAAAAUGUUUUGCUUGUUGUCCUAAAUUGAUGAUUGUAAUAAAAUCAGUCUGGACAAUGCCGUUUUUUUCCAGUUACAUUAAUGAAGGGAAAUUGAAAUGUCAAAACCAAUCCUUUAAUGGUCAUCUACUUACAGCAAAAAUAAUUUCCCCCAGACAUGGACAUUUCUUCAUUAGAUUCUUGUCAUGUAACAUCUUAAAGAGGUAGUUCACCUAAAAAUUAAAAUCAAUUUUUCAUCAUUUACUCAGCCUCAAGUUGUUACAAACAAAAGGAGAUAUUUUGAAGAGUACUGGAUGGAGAUACAAGAAUACAGUUGUCGGUAGCCAUGGCAUGUUUUUCCAUAAAAGUCAGUGGCUACCAGCAACUGUUUGAUUACCAGAAUUAUCAAGGAAAUUGAGUACAUUUUCAUUUUUGGAUGAACUAUCCCUUUAAAAAGCUUUGAGGGGAACUGGUCCAACAUGUAUUUACAGUAUUUCCUCCUCUGUAUCUGGUUUGUGCUCAGCUGCUGGGAAUCAUCCUGUAUUUCGAGUGCACUACAUAUACUGAGAUCUCUGAUGUGCACUGACAAAGUGAAGGCUGUGACUUUAGUAAAGAUGUUUAGUUCUGCUUGUCACUCAAUAACCAAAACACUAACAAGGGUACCUGAAGUAACCGCUGUAAGACCAGCGACUGUAUUCAGCACCGCAGAGACACAUGUCCUGUGUGCGAUUCUUACAUGUGAAGCUAAAGGUAACUUGUCACAGACUGCAGAUCUCGGAACUGUUUUGUUGACCUAACAAUUUAUAUAAAAUAAAAAACACUGUCAUUGG